AUGGCUGAAGAGCAAGAGGUGAUUCAAAUAGAGCUUUUGUGCAAACAGCUCUAUGAGUCACAAGAUCCAAUUGUCCGUGAGCAGGCAGAGAAGGCCGUUGUCGCGUUUCAGGAGUCCCCAGAUACGCUAAGCAAAUGUCAGGCGUUGCUUGAGCGGGCUGAUUCUAGUUAUUCACAACUCUUGGCAGCUACUACUCUAGGGAAACUAAUUAAUAGAUCCACAAGCAGUUUAUCCAUACAACAAAGGCUAGAUAUAAGGAAUUAUAUAUUAAAUUAUUUGGCUACGCGACCGAAGUUGGCGAAUUUCGUUGUACAGGCUCUCAUAUCACUGUUCGCACGGAUCACCAAAUUGGGAUGGUUCGACACUGUGAAGGAAGAACACGUGUUCCACAAUGUUCUUAGUGAUGCUACUACCGGUUUCUUACAGGGUCCAGUUGAGACAUGUACAAUCUUUGUGCAAUUGCUCUCACAGUUAGUUGUCGAAAUGAAUCAAGUAUGUGAAGCUGAUGCCAACCGUUCUCUCUCGAAGCACAGGAAGAUAGCAUCAUCUUUCAGAGACACCCAGCUCUUCGAAAUAUUCCGCGUGUCGUGCUCGCUGCUAAGCUCGGCCCGUGGCCAGCAAUUGUCUAUGUCGGAUGAGAGUCAACAAACGUUGCUCGCUGCUCUGUUACGAUUGGCGCACAAUUGUUUGACAUUUGACUUCAUUGGGACUACGAAUGAUGAAUCGUCGGAUGAUCUGUGCACUAUACAGGUACCCACAUCAUGGCGCCCGACCUUCCUGGAAUCCAGUACUCUGGAGUUAUUUUUCUCGCUAUAUGCUUGCGUCCGCGGUUCUCUCGCUGGUCUCUCCCUCGCCUGUUUAGUACAGUUGGCUUCAGUGCGAAGAUCGUUGUUUAGUAACAGUGAGAGGGCCAAAUUCCUGAACAAACUUGCGGUUGGGGUUUUGAACAUUUUGGAGGAUACGCAGGGACUGUCUGAUCCUACGAAUUACCACGAGUUCUGCCGUCUCCUUGCCCGUUUGAAGUCCAACUAUCGUUUGGGGGAAUUGGUUAUGGUGGAUGACUAUCCGAGGCUCAUUGAAGAAAUCGCAAAAUUCACUGUGCAAAGUUUGCAG